AUGGCUGUUUCCGGCAUAGGAGGUACCAGCGGCGUUCACACGAGGGGCAACGGACGUGUUCUUGCCAUGUCUGCCGUAGUAGGCAUCGUCGGGACGCUCGGGUACAUGUUCGUCGCUGGAAAGCAGACGAAGAAGGAAGAGGGCCCGGCGUCGAUGUACAGCCAAACCCAGGGCUUGAGCCCAGAAACGAACGACGUACGCAGUAACUCCGCGCAGGUCCGCGAGAUCGUACAGGGCCAGCGCAAGCCGUGA